CCAAAUCGGUACAUCUAUAUUGAUCCUUUGCAGGGUCUAUAUGAGCUUUGUCAUCAUGAGUUAUACUUAUUUUGUAUUCCAACUAUUGUUUCAUUAAUUUGCACUCUUAUUAUAAACAAAAUAACUCUUGAUGAAAAUAAUAUAAAUUACCACAUAUGGCUACCAUGACUGUCGUGAAAAUGUUAGAUGUCUGUACUCUGUUGUAAAUAUAGCAUGAAUGGAACCCAGGCGUUGAACAAAGACUUCAACUACUAUAAUGUGCAUACAUGUAUGGAUUAUCUGAACAAUAUCCUGGUGUUUAGGCCUAAGUGCAUAGGAAACCUUGCUUGACCAAGUCAUUUGGAAAACUAGAAGAUCAGUAAGGUGUUGAUAAUUCAAGCUCUAAUUGGAAAAUGGCAGGUCAAGGCUGGUCUGGUUUUUGCGGAAAUGGAGUGGAUAACAUCACAGUUUGGACGGACAAUGAUUUUGGACAUUGCUUUGAGCAGUUGGCAUUUGUUUGCAGUACCCAUAUUAUCCUUGCGAUUAUAAGUGCGUAUUACUUAGCACAGCGAAACUACCGCAUUAUAUUGCAUAAUCCACCAAUGUCUUUUAUAUUAGAGAUGCGGUUUACUGUAUCAGGACUGUUGUUUCUUGCGCCAGUUAUUGAAUCUCUACUAACCUCUCUCUGGCUGAAGCAGCGUAUGAGCAUGGUUGAUAUAGUAACCUGUAUAGUGUGUGCAUUAUCGUGGAUCCUACAUUUUGGAUUUGUAAGAAGGUUGAGAAAACUUUAUCAUUUAUCGCUACGUGGUCCUUUAUCUCUUAUAGUAGCAUAUCUUUUCACGGCGGCAGCUAUAGGAAUAAAGUUAAGGACAGUCAUUCUACAGGCCUUGGAUGAGAAUCCCCAUUUAACAAAAGUGAAAGAAUACACUACUUACAUUACAGGAGGACUUCACCUUAUUUACCUACUAACCCUUGUACCUGGUAAAAGAAACAGUGUACUUAAUAGCUAUGACAUAGAUACAGUCGGGAUUAAUGCAGAUGUAGGUGAUCCUCUAUUGUCAUCAAGCGUACAACAAAAUUUCUAUGGAGGAGUUACUCGCCCUUCACCACAUUUGGGAAAUGGUGAAGAUGGAUCUAAUUUUCUGUCAAAACUCUCAUUUUGGUGGGUACAACCUCUAGUUAUGAAAGGUUCAAGGGAGAAACUUUCAUCGCCCGAUGAUCUUUUCAUUUUACCAAAUAAAUUAAACACAAGAUCAAUUGAUAUGAAAUUUUCAUCUAAGCUAGAAAAGAUUCAAAAUGAGGAGCAAAUGGAUUCUGAUACUUCUAAUUCUGCAAACCCUGAUAUAACAUUCAGUGAUGGCAAAAAACGCAGAUCAUUCCUGAAGGCAUUGCAUAAAACAUUUGGUUGUGAAUACUACCUGCUAGGGGUACUAAAAUUAUUGGCAGAUGGCCUUGGAUUUGCCGGGCCCUUACUUUUGAACCUUCUAAUUUCAUACAUGGAAAAUAAAUCAGAGCCUAUUGAACAUGGAUAUCUCUAUGCCUCAGGUCUAUUUCUCUCAACAUUUUUAUCGGCAAUAUUGUCAUCUCAAUUUACAUACCAUGUAACACUAGUUGGUCUAAAAAUACGGGCAGCCAUAAUCACAACAAUAUAUCAGAGGACAUUAGGAGCCAACUCUGUGUCUCUGUCGAAAUUCUCAACUGGAGAGGUCGUCAAUUUUAUGAGUACGGAUACUGAUCGCAUCAUCAAUUUCUGCGCUAGCUUCCAUCAGUUCUGGAGUUUGCCGUUCCAGAUUGCAGUCUCGUUGUUUUUGUUGUACCAGCAGGUGGGCCUAGCGUUUCUAGCAGGGCUUGGGUUCGCUUUGCUGUUGAUCCCCAUUAAUCGAUGGCUAGCUAAUAAAAUUGGAGAGUUGAGUAAUGAGAUGAUGACUCAAAAAGAUUCCAGGGUAAAGGUUAUGAAUGAAAUCCUUUAUGGCAUUAGAGUUAUCAAAUUCUAUGCCUGGGAGCAACAUUUCACUCAGAAGAUUGACAAUUUGCGAGCAGCAGAGCUGAAGAGUCUCAAAGGCAGGAAAUACUUAGAUGCGCUGUGUGUCUAUUUCUGGGCUACAACACCAGUGUUGAUAUCUAUACUUACAUUUACAACCUAUGCCCUAUUGGGGCACCAACUUACCGCAGCAAAGGUGUUCACCAGUUUAGCACUGUUCAACAUGUUGAUUGGUCCACUGAUUGCCUUCCCCUGGGUGCUGAAUGGUCUAAUGGAGUCAUUGGUGUCUAUUAAGAGAGUCCAGAAAUUCUUACAGCUUGACCAACUAGACCUUAACAAGUACUAUAAUCAGAGAGCCCAACACAAGCCUGAUGAUGUCAUAACGAUCCACAAUGGGACAUUCUCCUGGCAGAGACAAGAUGGUAGACCAAUGAGGGCUAUUCCUGAUGGAGAGGAAUCAAUUGAGGCACCUGCAGAAAGAGAGGUCAUGCUCACAAGCAGUGGCACAUUGAAAUUGAACAGAAUUAGUGUCAAUAUCAAAAAGGGCACACUGGUGGGUGUGAUAGGGAAGGUUGGAUCAGGAAAGAGUUCCCUGUUGAAUGCUGUACUAGCUGAGAUGACCAGAGAAGGGGGUACAAUCUCCGUUGAAAACCUAAAUGAGGGUUUUGGUUAUGUAGCACAAGAGGCAUGGAUCCAGCAUGCAACAGUGAAGGAGAACAUCCUGUUUGGUAAACUGUUUGAUGUUGAAAAAUAUGAUAAAGUACUGGAGGUUUGUGCAUUGGAGGAUGACUUAAAGAUUCUUCCUGGAGGUGACAAUACAGAGGUGGGGGAGAAUGGAGUCACCUUGAGUGGAGGCCAGAAAGCCAGAAUCUCAUUAGCUAGGGCAGUUUAUCAGGAUAAAGAUGUAUAUCUCUUAGAUGAUCCACUCUCAGCUGUUGAUGCCCAUGUUGCCGCACAUCUCUUCCACCAGUGCAUUAUGGGAGCUCUUAAAGACCGCACGCGCAUCCUGUGCACACAUCAUAUUAAAUACUUGAAACAUGCUGAUGUUGUCUUAGUGAUGAAAGAUGGUGCCAUAGUAGAAGAAGGAUCCCCUCAGGAUGUUUUGAGCCACCUUAACUUUAAUGAUCUGAAGGAUGGGAAUCCAGAAACUAAAAGAACCAAUGAGAAAUCAGAGAAAUCAGAAUCAGCCAAUGAGAAGGAAGAGGACGUGGGUUUGGUCCAGGAAGAAGAGCAAGAUGAGGGAGCAGUUAAGAUGGAGGUGUAUAAGAUGUAUUGGAACUCUGUAGGCAAAUGUCUUGCUCCUUGUGUUCUGGUAGCUCUACUCCUCAUGCAAGCCUCCCGGAAUGUGAAUGAUUGGUGGUUGUCAUUUUGGGUGACCCAUUCCCAUAAACAUCCUGGUGCAAUUGUGAAUGCUUCUAGUCUACUGGAUAACAGUGUAUCAAUAGUGCAGUAUUCCACCACUACCCCUAACAGCAGCUUCCACCAUUUAGUAGAAGCCAGUGACAAUGUCACCUACUAUCUUACUGUCUAUGGACUUUUGGCAGCAGCCAACUCUAUUUUCACACUUUUCCGGGCAUUCCUGUUUGCAUAUGGUGGUAUUUGUGCAGCUUAUGUCAUUCACAACAAACUCUUGGCAGCCAUUUUGAAGGCACCAGUAUCAUUCUUUGACACAACACCAAUAGGACGUAUCAUCAACCGCUUCUCAUCUGACCUUUAUUCUAUUGAUGACUCCCUGCCAUUCAUCAUGAACAUCUUGCUGGCCCAGUUCUAUGGCGUGAUCGGCACCAUUGUUAUUACCUGCUAUGGCUUGCCCUGGUUCAGUCUUCUGCUUAUUCCUCUUGCCAUAUUCUACUAUUUUAUACAGCAUUACUACAGGAAGACAUCACGCGAGGUGAAGCGUAUAACAAGUGUAACAUUAUCUCCCAUCUACGCACAUUUUUCCGAGUCUAUUGUGGGUCUAACUUCCAUUAGAGCUUUCAGAGAAAGCAAAAGAUUCAUGAAGGACAAUGCAGUGAAGCUUACAGACAACCAGAGAGCUCAAUAUGCUGGGGUUGCUGUGAAUCAGUGGCUCAACAUUCGUUUACAGAUGUUGGGGGUUGCUAUGGUGACAGGAGUUGCAUUCAUUGCCGUAUUGGAACAUCAUUUCCAGACAGUAAACCCUGGCUUGGUGGGGCUGGCCAUUUCAUAUGCUCUAUCUGUUGUGAACCUUCUCAGUGGUGUAGUGACGUCAUUCACAGAGACGGAGAAACAGAUGGUCAGCAUUGAAAGAGCUGCCCACUACAUUGAAAAUGUCCCUGAGGAAAAGAGAGAUGGAAUACUACAUGUGCCACCUUAUUGGCCGAUCCAAGGAGCGAUCCAGUUCAACCGAGUUGUACUGCAAUACCGGGAUGGCCUUCCAAAUGCACUAAAUGGUGUCAGUUUUGAAACAAGUCCCUCAGAGAAGAUAGGAAUUGUAGGAAGAACAGGGUCGGGAAAAUCUAGUCUAUUUCUUGCAUUGUUCCGUCUUGUGGAAUUAAAAGGUGGACAAAUUGUGAUUGAUGGUAUUAAUAUCUCACAUCUAGAUCUACAGGACUUGAGAUCUCAUUUAGCUAUCAUACCCCAGGAUCCAUUUUUGUUCAGUGGAACUGUGAGGGAUAAUCUUGACCCAACAUCAGUUUAUGACGACGCUGAACUGUGGAACACAUUAGAAAGGUGCCAUUUGAAGGAGACAGUUGAGCGUCUUGGAGGUUUAGAUGCUGAGGUUGCUGAAAGAGGACGCCACUUUUCUCUUGGGCAGCGUCAACUCGUAUGUCUUGCCAGGGCUAUGUUAACUCAAGCUAAGGUGCUUUGUAUUGACGAAGCCACAGCUAGUAUUGAUAUUGAAACUGACACACACCUACAAGACACUAUACGUAAGGAGUUCUCACAGAAUACAGUAAUAACUAUUGCACACAGGAUUAACACGGUGAUGGACAGUGAUCGAGUCAUUGUUAUGAAUAAAGGAAAAGUUGCAGAAUUUGAUUCUCCAACAAAAUUGCUUGAAAAUUCCAAAUCAAUGUUCUCGAGGCUUGUUUACAGCAGUUCUUGAAAUAUGAGAUUGGCAUACACCCCCAAAAUGUAAUCUGAUUUUCGACGCCGUAACGGUGCCAAAUUUCGGUGCCGUAUCGGCACCAAAUGGACUGACUAGUCCGGUGGCAAAUUUUGGUGUCGAAAGGUUUCGGUGCCGGAACAGCGCCGAAUGUUU